UUCUGUUUAGAAGCGACCAGCAUAUUCGUAAUAUCAUCGUACGGUCACGCUGAAUCGUUGACAAUUUGAGGAGGGCAAACAAACAAGCCAGCAACUCUUGCAAUGGCGGGACGCGAAUUAACAAUAACGCCAACGAAGCGCGAGCGCCGCAAAUCGCCAGCAAUGAGCUUCACCUCGGACAGCAGCAGCGUGCAGCCUCCACCAAUGUCACCCUCCUCAUCGGUGGCAGACACCACAUUUGAGCCAACUAUUGAUAUGAUGGUAAACGACUUUGACGACGAGGCUACAUUAAAUGAAGAGGAAGCACUCGCCGACCAAGAGGCACAUAAUCCCGAAGAUGAGAUCGCCACGCUGCGCGAAGAGAGCGAAAUGCCCAUCGAAGAACUGCUGGCCAAGUACAGUAGUAUGCCAACCACAUCGCCGGUCGCAACCAGCAGCUUUAAGCGUUCCAGCGGCAGUUCGAGGCGACGACGUGCCACAAAACGUCAGCAUCAGGAAACAGACUCGGCUGCUAAUGCGCAAAUGUCAACAGGCGCUGACGAGGUCUCCAAUGAACCAAUAACUACUGCAACUGGCCAAGAGGCAGGCAGCUCUGUUGUUCAAACAGAUGAUGAUACGAUGACUGCAGACGAUUGCACAACGUUGCCAGCGGAAUCAUGCAAUGAUGUUGACGCUGGACACCAUGAAGCACAAGGUGUUUUGCCGCCAGAAGUCAGCAAAAAGCAUCGUUCGCAUUUGUUGGACUUGUAUCCGGGUGAAACCUUUGCCAGCAGUGCACAGCAAACACUGCACGCCAUGGAAGAUCUAAAAAGUUUUACACCGCUGCAAACGCUCUUCGAUGAAGUCGAGGAGGAGGAGGAAGAGGAUGAAAGUGACACGGAGUCGGAUGAUGCGAGAAAGAUCAUUAUGGUUGGGCCCGACUAUCAGGCUGAUAUUCCCGAAGGACUUUCACAGUAUGGCGACAUAUUGCCGUACGAAAACGAGGAUCAACUCAUCUGGGAGCCCAGUCAAGUGACUGAGCGUGAGGUCGAGGAUUAUCUCGCCAAGAUCCAGGAGACUCGUGCACUAACCACAUCAACAGAUGAAGCUGCUGUUGCUGUCGCUGACAUGGCCGAGGGCGAAGAGAACACUACAGCUAUCACAGAAGACGCAGCCUCAAUAGCAACGCCUGCCACAGUUGCAACAGCGAAUCCAACAACAGCUAACUUGGACUCGGAAUCGGUGGUCAAGGAUAAUGAGCAAGCGUUGCAUCUACUGGUGCAAUGCGGUUACGAUUUCAAGGAGGCGCUGCGCCGAAAGCGCUUAAAUGUCCUGCCACUGAGCGAUACGAUGAGUAGCUGGUCGGAGGAGGAAUGCCAGAAAUUCGAGGAGGGCAUUCAUAAGUUUGGCAAGGACUUCUAUCAAAUCCGGCAGAAUCAGGUGCGCACAAGAACCAUGCGCGAACUUGUACAGUUCUAUUACCUGUGGAAGAAGAGCGAACGUCGCGAUCAAAGCUUUGCCCUUAACGAUACCAUCGAUCAUAUGGAUGUGUUUCUUAACGAAGGUGGCAAUGGCAACAUUACCAGCAAUGUUGCAACGGCAGCAGGUGUUGGCAAUGGGAAUGGGAAUGGCAGUUGCUCGUCUCAAGCGAGCAGCUGCAGCAGCAGUAAUGGUCAUAGCAAUGCGAAUGUCAACACCGAAGCCUCCGCACUGGACAAAGAGGCUGCAGCAACAGUUGCACGCAAAUCCACAACGAAAAACUACUCGAUUAUGACGGGCAGCCACGCUGGUGGUGGAAGCGGUGGAGGAGGAGGAAAUGCAUCCGCUACUAGUCGCAAACGCGGCGCAUCCUUUGCUCUGGACAACGAGGAUAAUGAGCAGGACGCUGAAAAUGUAACGAUCGAUAGUUUAAGCUGAAUCAUUGUUAUUGGGGGCCACAGUCAUGGGAUGCAUACAAUGUUCUCAACCAGUGGGGCAGGGGCAUCGAUAAAAUCGGUUCGAUAACACACAGCAAUUGAGCCAAAAUGCGCAGGCGCUUUCGACUCAACAAACGAUGGUGGCAGCUGUGGACAUCAUGGAUGGCAUUUUGCAUUAAUUACUAUUAGGUUGAAAACGAAAUCCAACAUUCAUUACAUGUGUAGCAUACAGAUAAUAUAUAAAUAUAAUUGUCGAUUCUCUAAUACAUCAAAUACCAACUCGCAAUUAUCGAAACGAAAUCGCAACUCUAUUAAUCGAAAUGGAAGUCCUUAGCAGGUGCAAAAGCUUCGAUCAAAAGCUUAUUUAAAAACGUAAGGCAAAAAAAAAGGGUGUUGAUUUGAGGACAUUUAAUUCAAGCUGGAUUUAUUACAAAAGCAUUUUACGUGAAUAAUUCUUGAGUUCAAUGUUUAUCAUUCAUUUAUUCCUCUUGUUUCUUCCUUCAAUGUCAAGGAUCAAAUGUCAGCUCAGCAAUGUACACAACGUUGCCAGCUACAUAUAAAAUAACUACCUCCUCCCCUUGUCAAGAAAUUCCAAGUAGUCAAUUCUCGUAUUCGCUUUGCUUGCAUUUUCGCAAACACACAGAGAUAGCUUUGUCAGAGUGAGCAUGUGUGUCUCUGUCUGUGUGUACGUACGAAGCCACAGGCACGUACACACGAGCAUAGAGAACACUUAUUGGAGAUAGUAGAAGCAGCCAGGCGAAUGGCAAAACCGGCGAUCGACCGACUGACGAUCGUGCAAAAUGAAGUUUUGUGCUUUGGGGCUUGGAUUUUGUGCUUACGCUCGUAAUGCUCCCUAUGUGUGCGUGCCUGUGUAUCUAUCGUGCACAUGUGUGUAUAGCCUCUUCUCUCUUUUUUUCCGCAAGCUUCACUGACGUAGCGUGAACAUUUUACGUUCACGUUCCAUGGGCUCCACCAUCCAGCCGUCCGUCCGCCCAGCCAGCGGACCGUAGUGAAAAUCCAGUUUUGUUAAAAAUAAACAAAGCGCAACAAAGAGCACGCUACAAUCCUCAGCGUAGAGCAGCAUAUUUGUGUUGUGGCCUGUGAUGUGUGCUCCACUCUUUGCUUCUUCUUCUUCUAAGCGCUAGGACCUUUGCUAUAGAUGCCAAAAACAACAACAAAUAGCAACACCUGCUGAUUUUGAUUACAUAAAUAAACACAGACAAUAUAACGUAUACUUAUGUUUACAGGAAAUUCAUACGAAUAUUCUUACAGUGGAAUACCUAUUAUUUGAUCCAAGUUGGUGAUUUUUCAGAAUCUCAUUUGCAUGUUUAUGAGUAAUUAAUCAAAUUCUUAUAGUAAUAUAAAAUAAAUAAAUAAAUUGUAACUAUGUUCAAUGUUGAAAUGUUGCAUUUAAAUUUUUAAUUUAUAUGGAUCAUUUUAUUUGUAAUAAAUUUAAAUAACUAUUUUACAGGUACUAGUGAAUUAAUAUAAUGAUAUUAUGUUAUAGCUCUUUUGCUUGCUGUAAAAUAAAUAUAUUUAAGAAAAACUCAGUUUACUUUCCACUUUUUGAUUAUCUUUUUUUCAUUAUGAAUUAGAAAAUUGUUUUAAAUUUUAAUGUGUACAACAACUUUGUAGCUUUAGAGCAAUCCAGCAUUAAAACUUAGCAUAGUGCUCCACUGUAAAGCAGCGUACUUGCGAUUCGUCACGGGCCGAAACCGCAGAAA